CAGAAGUUUAGACAGCUCUUGUGAUAAGACAUUGGUAGGUUACCUUUCAAUGCAAGCUGCUACGAAGGAAGCCACUCUCCCUGCCAAUAGAAAGCUCCAGAGAAAUGGCCACAAUCUGCCAUCGUACGAUGCCCUGGCGGAGAUCUUGCCGGAGUACCAGUACCUGUUCAGGGUGCCAAAAGCUGGGCUUCAUGACACCGAACAACACAAGCCCCGCCAGGCGGGUGGAAAGGGUGGGGCUGCGGAGAACGAGCAGCACAGAUCUCAGGACAGCCAUGCGCUAAACCAGACGUACCGCGUGCAGUCCCCACAUAGGAGGCCCCCCGUCCCGGAUUUUGAAGAAGACCCCAACACGGCAGAAGUUACUGAGCACCAAACAAGAGAGUUGGAGAACUACCGCACAGCCAUGCGGAAGAUGGCCGAGGACAUCAUCGCUCUGCGCAGACAGGUAGGUGGGCUGGAGUCAGAGAACAGCCGUCUGCGCAGUGAGCUCAGCCUUCACCAGGACCUGGGCCGCACCCUGCUGGAGGACACCGACAUCGAUGUGAUGACCAAAGCUGAGAUCGCUGACCGAAUCGCAUCCCUGAAGUUCAAGCUGGCCAGUGAGAGCAACACAGUGACGUCACAGAGAGACACCAUCCAGCAGCUGCAGAAUGAGCUCAUAAAGAAGAAUGAUGGGGAGAAGGAGCUGCUGAGGCUGCAGAGAGCUCACCAGCAGCAGCAGGCUGUGCUACAACGCUACCAGAACCGGCUGGCCCGCGUCACAGGGCUGGAGGCCACGGUGCGCCAGCAAGAGAAGGUCAUUGAGAAGAUGGAGAAGGUGCUGGACAGCAGGCUGAAGGGGAAGAAUAAAGAAAACGCAGAGAGGAACCAGAAAGAGGGCAGAAGGAGAGAAAUAGAGUCCGUGCUGACCGCUGAGAACUCCCGUCUGAGGGCAGAGCUAGAGAAGCUCCAUCUCCAGCCAGCACCUGUCAUCAUCCAACAGCCAAUGCAGAUACAGGAGCCCUUCCCUGAGAGUGAGAAGCUGAGUCUGCUCACACAGCUGGAGAAGGCCCAGGCGCGCAUACGCUCGCUGGAGAGCCAGCUGGAAGAGAACUCUAGACGCUGGGGGAGGGAGAAGCAGGACAUGUUGACCAGGCUGAGCGAACAUGACCACGGCUUCGCCCGCACAUCAACCAUGAUCCUUCACGACCUCCCCCUGAAGAGUGUUUCCCACUCGAUGUCAGGUCCCGGGAGACGCAGGCAACUAGACCCACUGAACUGACCCCUUC